CCGCAUGCUCCAUAGAGAGACGAAAAACGAAGGGUUUUUCUUAUUAUUCCACCCCUAAUACGAUCCUUUAUUAUUCGCCGCCCUUCUCACCGGCUCAGCCCGCCUUCUCACCGGUCGAGAAAGAAUGAAACCCACACUACCACAGCAACAACAGGCAACGCGGCAAGAAACAAAAACGCAGCCCGAGUACAACUGAUCAGCUAUCGAAUUUUUUUUUUUCCCCCUUCCCAAACUGGCGGGGCAAAAGGGGGAGGAGACAAAAACCCCUCCCGAUGUCGCCUCCCCCCCUCCGACUCCGCCUCCGUCCCUUCCGACCAAUCACCAUUGACGGCGUCUCUUUUUUUUUUUUUUCCCCCUCCUGCUCCACCCCGCGGGGCGUGAGAGGGCGGCGCCCGCGGCGGUGAACAGACGUGGGGACCGCGCCGCUCCUCGCCUCAGUCCGAGCGUGGCCGGAGCAUGAGAGGUACCUCCGGUGCGUUGCAGGCAACCCACGCCGGAGGACAAGGAGGCCAGCCCGGCCGGAGGGCAGCAGCAGCAGCCGCCGCCGCUGCAGCGGCGGCCCCAUGUCCCGCAAGGCCAAUGUGGAAUACACGCUGCGGAGCCUGAGCAACCUGAUGGGGGAGAAGCGGCGCCGGCCGCCGCCGCCUCCUCCUGCUCCGCCGCCGCCCUCCAGGCGCAAAGGCUCGGCCAGCCUGGGCGAACGGAGCCUGAUCGCCGCCGCCGAGUCUUGCUCCAGCCUGAACAGCCAGUCCUCGGCCGGCGGUGGCGGCGGAGGACGCGGCGGCGGCUGCGCUGAGCUGGAGCGGGCCGCCCGUCGGCAGUUCCAGCAGGACGAGACGGCCGGCUUCGUCUACGUGGUGUCGGCCUUCUCGGCGCUGGGCGGCUUCCUCUUCGGCUACGACACCGGCGUGGUGUCCGGGGCGCUGCUGCUGCUCAAGAAGGAGCUGCGCCUCGACGCCUUCUGGCAAGAGCUGCUGGUCUCCGGCACGGUGGGCGCCGCCGCCCUCUCGGCCCUGCUGGGCGGCUCGCUGAACGGCUGGGCCGGCCGCCGCGCCUGCAUCCUGCUGGCCAGCUUGCUCUUCGCCGCCGGCGCCGUCCUGCUGGCCGCCGCGCCGGAUAAAGAGACGCUGCUCGGCGGGCGCCUGGUGGUCGGGCUGGGCAUAGGUAUUGCUUCUAUGACAGUUCCUGUCUACAUUGCAGAAGUGGCCCCACCUCAUCUGAGAGGCAGAUUAGUGACUAUAAAUACACUUUUCAUCACAGGCGGGCAGUUCUUUGCCAGUGUUAUAGAUGGAGCCUUCAGCUACCUUCCCAGGGGUGGAUGGAGGUAUAUGCUGGGUCUUUCCGCGAUUCCAGCUGUCGUACAAUUCGUUGGUUUCCUUUUUCUUCCGGAAAGCCCCCGCUGGCUGAUUCAGAAAGGACAGAUUCAAAAAGCACGAAGAAUUCUUUCGCGGAUGCGGGGAAAUCAGACAAUAGACGACGAAUUCGAGAGCAUCAAGAACAGCAUUGAGGAGGAAGACAAGGAAGUGGGCACAGCUGGACCGGUGAUCUACCGAAUGCUGAGCUAUGCACCCACUCGAAGACAAUUGAUCGUGGGUUGUAGUUUACAAAUGUUCCAACAGCUGGCAGGUAUUAAUACAGUCAUGUACUACAGUGCAACCAUUAUUCAGAUGUCCGGAGUCCGAGACGACCGGCUCGCCAUCUGGCUUGCUGCCGUGACAGCCUUCACUAACUUCAUUUUCACCUCUGUGGGAGUCUGGCUGGUAGAAAAAGUGGGCCGGCGCAAACUUACCCUGGGAAGUUUAGCAGGUACCACUGUGGCCCUGCUUGUGUUAGCUUUGGGUUUUCUGCUGUCAGCUCAAGCUUCACCACAAGUUACUCUUGGCCCUGAGAGCCCACUGGGCCAAAACUCCACUUGCACAAAAUACAGCAAUUGUAACGGGUGCAUGCUGGAUCCAACGUGUGGGUUUUGCUACAAACUGAACAAGUCAAGCGUUGCCGCGUCUUCUUGUGCUCCGGUUAGUAAGAAAUCAACAAUGGAAGCCGCGUGGGGCAGAUGCUCCAAUGAAACCAAACUCAAAACUGAAGGCAUAUUUUGGGCUUAUAACUUCUGUCCAACGCCGUAUUCAUGGACUGCACUGCUGGGACUCAUAUUGUACCUGGUUUUCUUUGCACCAGGAAUGGGACCGAUGCCGUGGACAAUCAAUUCCGAAAUUUACCCCCUUUGGGCGAGAAGUACAGGAAACGCCUGUUCUUCUGGCGUCAACUGGAUUUUCAACGUUCUGGUGUCACUCACCUUCUUGCACACAGCUGAAUAUCUGACCUAUUAUGGAGCGUUCUUUCUUUAUGCCGGAUUUGCGUUCGUGGGCCUCCUUUUUCUCUACGGCUGUCUUCCAGAGACCAAAGGCAAAAAACUAGAGGAAAUCGAAUGCUUGUUUGAGAGCUCGCUAUGUACAUGUGGCAUUCCUGAAUCGGAGGACGGGAGAUAUAUUGAGUAUAUCCGGGUGAAGGGAAGCAAUUACCAUCUCUCUGACAAUGACGCCUCUGACGUGGAAUGAAUUUCGGCCGCCGAUCGGUUCGAUCGUUCGAAAGCCUCGGUUGAGGGAUCCUGAAGGAGCUGCUCUAAGUGACCAUCGCUGGUCUGUCUCUGGUCCGCUUCUCCUUCCUACUUAUCUGUGUGGGGAAAAAAACAAAACAAAACAACGGUUCCCUGUUUUAAACCAUGUCAUUUGGGGGGAGGGAAAUAGAAAUAAAAAUCCCACAUCCUCUUUUAUCAGUUAGUCAAAAAGCGAUCGCUGAGAAGAAUUGGCCAGAAGGAAAGACCUUGCGGAGCGGAAGUUACUCUCUGAGGUGAUGGAAGCAUUUCUCUUCUGGACGCUGCUGAGGUCCUUGAAACUUCGAGCGAUGAGACGCCGUCUUAGUUGACCAGCUUGGGGGAAUAUAUAUAUAUAUAUGUCUUUGAUUAUUCGGGUUUUCUCCCACGUAAAAUUGGAAGUGUCUUGGCGACAUUUUGACCAGCUUGGGGGAAUAUCUAUCUAUCUAUCUAUAAUCUAUCUAUCUUUGAUUAUUCGGGUUUUCUCCCACGUAAAAUUUGAAGUGUCUUGGCGACGUUUCGACGAAGUGUCAUUCGUCAUCUUCAGGCUGGUGCUUUAGGCUUCGUGCUUCUAGGAGCAUAUAUAUAUGCUCGAAAAGAAUAAUAAGUCAGAAACCAGAUGAUUCAUAAAAGCAGUUAGGUGGACCCCCAGAUUUGGUACAAAGGUCACCUCCAUCUCUUUCCCUCCUUCUGCGGAAAAUUGUGACCUAUUUUAAUGCUAAUACUCCUCCUAAAAAAACAUAACUGGGAUUGUGUGAGGAGAGAAAGCCACUUCCUCCGUGGCUCACUUCCUGUGGAUGCGCCUACUUUAUAAAUCAUUCUUUCCACCUCUGUUUGCUUUUCCACAAGGAGAUCCUAGGAUUGCAACCUUUUAAACAAUUUGUGGUCUGUGGCAUAUCAAGGCUCUGGGGUUUCUACCAGGCCCGUGGAGAAGCUUUUGCUUCAUCUUGGGUGUCUUCCUGGUCUGGGUGGUCAGAAAUUUGUAUUUAUUUUUUUUCCAACCUUGUAAAUCUCAAAAUGCGAGAACCUCACCAGAGCUUAAUUCUAAGCAAAGAGUUUGGCUUUGAAUUAGCACAGGAUUCAGUUGAGCGGGAAAGCCUAGCAAGAGAAUAGAGGAAGAUGAACUGGAAUGUGAUGGCUUCCGUUGUUCUUAAGAAGAAAGAUAAUAUUCUUUCUUCUUCCAGAUAAUAUUGUCAUCGGAUCCUUGCAGUUCAACUUGGCCAUCAAGUCUUUUGAGUUUUCAGAUUUUAUUUGGGGUGACCUAUUUUUGACAGAACGAAAGGCAUUUGCUAAACCUAUGGAAGCCUUGUAGGACCCUACUGUCUUUCGCUUAAGGCAGUGGUUCUCAACCUUUCUAAUGCCGCGACCCCGUAAUACAGUUCCCCAUGUUGUGGUGACCCCCAACCACUUAUACAUCACCGGGUGCCAGGGGUGUGGCCAAAGAAAAGGGGGGAAAAUGGCAGACAGCCUUGUUUGGCGACCCCCAUGAAAUGGUCGUUCGACCCCAAAUGGGGUCCCGACCCACAGGUUGAGAACCACUGGCUUAAGGGCAGACGUUCUUCCAGGAUUCAGAAAAUGUGGGACUCAUAACAACAGUAACAUCAUAAAAGGGGCUGAUUUUUUUUUUUCAGGGAAGAGACCUGUUAAAUCACUGACUUAUGUCAAACCUAGAAGAAGAAGCCUUACUACUUUUUGAAACUAAUCCAUCACCAGUCUCCCUCCUAAAAAAACAAAUCAGAACAAUUCAUUCGCAAAAUUUAUCAGGUUUUGGGCAGUUGCACAAGGAGGGUUAAGGAUAGCUGUGAGUCAGUGUUAAGGAUUUCAUUUCACGACUUGUGAUGAACAGUCUCUCACAAUAAAAGCAGUGAUUCUCUAGAGGUGGCCGAGAGCAAAGCGAAGGUGUUUCCGUCCAUCGUAGACCGAGUGAAAAAAAAUAAAUUAUUUCACUAUUUUUUUUUAAAAAAAGGAAAUAACGCUCCCCUAGAUAUAUGGAUUACAGAAAAAAUGAGAAGAUGGAGUAACUAUCAUAUUAUAACCGUCAGUUUUAAGCUCUCCCAAGUGGGGAAGAAAUCAUAAAACUUUCUUCACUAAAAGUGUUUUAAGAAGUAAUUUGGGGGACAUUAAUUAGGAGAGGACUAAUUAAAGAUUAAAAUAGUAUCUUAAAUUUUCUUCCAUUUUGUGGAUUAAAGUUCCGUCCAGUUACAUCCAAGGAUAAAAGAAAGACGUAUCCAUGUAAGAUGUAAAGCGUGUCACCUGUAUCAUAUAAUUAAGAAUUCAAUAAUAAUCAUACACUAGUUAAAUGAUAUUCUCUAUUAACUAUGGGUAAUCAAAUAAGUCAUAAUAAGAGGUUUAAAAAUAAUCAUAAAUGUGCCAUUAGCACGUCAAAAUUUAAAGUAGGAAUAGGGGCUUUUUUUUAAAGUAAAUAGCAAUCGUGAUUUAACGGUUGAUAUUGCAAUCCCACUUCUCAGUUCCUCCCCUUGAUCCCACAUAUCAGAAGGAAGCUACUUAGGGCAGUUUUAAAACCUGGCUUCUGAAGCAGGCAACAAGGUUUAAUCCUGGCUGGAGAGUUUGGUUUGGCAGCGGAGCAGAAAACCAUCUGUUGGUGUUCAGAUACGAAGGAGUGCAUCCUAAUUAAGUUUAGAUAAUCCCUAAACUUAAGAUAUUUGGGACAAUGUGACACACAAGCCGUUCACCGGCUUAUGAUGAUUAAACUAGAAUUCUCUUAAAUUCUGUCUUGCUGCUCUAUUCCAUGGCUGGUCUUAGAAACCGUCUCCUUGGUGAUCCUUCAACUCAUAGAAAAGGUACCCGUAUCUCUAUAUCUAAGUAGCUGUAAGUUAGCUAAAUGGAAUCUGUGAUAUUAACAUGGGGGAUAAGUCAUUUAGUUUGUCUUCAUACAUGAGAUUACAAUAUUCCUAGAUUGGGGGGCCCUAAGAGCUGUUCAAUCUUAACUAGAUUCUAGGUCAGGGGUAGGCAACCUUGGCUCUUUUAUGACUCGUGGACUUCAACUCCCAGAAUUCCUGAGCCAGCCGUGCUGAGGGGA